AUGGACGCCUCCCGAUAUCAACUCGUAGACUCCCUCUACGGUCCGGGCACAGUAGGAGCAUGGCUCUUGACCCUCUGCGCCGUCCUCAUCAGCUGGACGCUCAACAAAUCUAGCCGCCGUAAAGACACAAUCUCUAUUGACUUUAUUGGCGCCUUACUACUCCCUUUGAUUGCCGCUGGCCAUCUAAUUUUCCAAGUGUCAAGGCUACCCUACUCAGUCGUCGAGACCAUCACCUCAACCAACGCCGAGAUCCAGCAAUACGCAUCUGCCCUCGAGGCGCCGCUGAACAUUUGCGAAACCUUUUCCAUGGUAUCGCUACUUGCAGCAACUAUCUGCGGACCAUGGUGGGAUAGUGGCCCUAAGCUGCGGCGACUCGGCGCGGUUUUGGUAACGGGACUCCUCAGUUGGGGAACUGAGAAUCUCAUGUUUGCCAAGGCGACGCUGAAAGGAGUCAAAGUUAGCGACGCAACACUUAGCAGACCUUAUUUGUUCUUUGUUACGCCUCUUGUGGCAACGACUUGGGGAUUCAUCGUGCUAUGUGUUCUCGUUGGGGGAAUGGUAUGGAUCACAGGCAGAAUCAAUAUAAAGAAGGCCAGGAAGUCGGAGGCUGACUUGGAGGAUAUAAGGAGAAUCUGGUCGCAGAAGUACAACUCGACUGUAUCGACCCUGGAGACGAGUGGCAAGGGAGUUACACGAGCUCAGAUGGCUAAACUCAAUGCAAUGGACCUGGACAUGACAAGACGUGACGCUGUGGCGAUGAAGGCCAUCUCGCUGAUGACGAUGCUCUUCCUGCCGGGGUCGUUUCUAUCCGCAAUUUACUCAAUGUCCUUUUUCUCGUAUACCACUACUAAAGAGACGACUGUGGCCGAAACGUCUCAACACUUCUUUCUGAUUCCAGAGUCGAAUGGGUCUAUGAGCAACCUGGACCAAAUUUUGGCAUUGACAGGCGGUGUUCUUGUUUUACUGUGGACAGUUAGAGCAGCGUACUUGUCCCGCAAGAAAACUGUGGCAGUUGGGCAGUCAAAAUCUGACAAUGCCCUUCACCAAGGCUCGCUACCAAACUAUGCUCUCACUUCAGGCCAGCAGCUGUCAAGUAAACUGCUGGAAUACGGUCCUUUGGCUCGAAACCCAAACCACCAACUCCCACAUAGUUUUGCCGGGCUGGAAAUUCAAAUGAAGCAUCGACUCGCCAUCACGGUUUUGGUAGCUGCCUUGUCGGCCGGAGUUUGGUCCAAGAGCAGUUUCAUCACACCACCUCCUCCUGGCCCAGUUGGAAACUACCAAGACAACCCGACUCACAAGGAGGGUCAGAAACUGAAAUUCCAAUGGACUUCUGACCUUGAAUCAACGGACUUGAGCAUGUGGCAGCAAUAUCCAACACCACCAGAUGGCAAGGGGACAGUGUACUUUCAACCCUUAUUAGAGGGAACGAAAGACACAAACUUCACAUGGACCGUCAGCCUAGACCGAUUCUCGAGAAACAUUAGCAAAGGCGAAGACGCGAUAUUGUAUCUGGCACUCUACGAUCCCAAAACCAACGCCCGAGAUGCAACAUGUCAUUACUUCAAUGUUACCAUUGCCAGCGCAAUGGUAUCUCCGAGCGUUUCUACCACAGUUUCAACGAGCCCAGCUUCGAGUAUGAGUAUGUUGACACCAACCGCGACGAGCACCGCUGUACUUCCAGAGACGAGCAGUUCCGGUCUGUCGAAGGGCGCGACUGCUGGCAUUGCGGUUGGGGCCAUAAUUGGCGGCUUGCUCCUCAUAGGUGGUUUGGGUUUCCUGGCAUGGAGAUGUUUUCGAGGGAGAAGAGAGGAUGUCAGAGAGCCCGUUGCGGUGCAGCAAGUGGUGAUAGAUGGGCCCGAGUUGGCGGGAUCGGCCUGCGAGGCGUAUAGGGAGGGGAGGAAACAUACUCAGAACUACUGGCCGCAGCCGAUUUGUGAGGCACCGUCGGAGAAGACGUGA